CAAGUUGUUCGUGUUUUACAACUUCAAGUUUGUGUUCGAGUACCACGUUCGGUGUCUCAGCCUCUCGCCAGCUCUAAAAACUGUCGUAUCGGUAUAGUUGCUAGAGGAUAGUUUACUUCGGGUCUCGCGAGAGUGUAAGUACCGGUGAAGUGAAAGUCAGACACCUCGUCGGAGGUUCGGUCGCGUGUGUACAACAAUUCUGAUUCCCAGCGUUACCACCAUGUCACCUCCAGUCGAACUCAUCUCACAUGUUCUUGCCGAACUCUGGGCCUAUCCACUGUGUACUGAGGAGCGGAUCAAUGCUUUCACCACUUGCAGUCUUGUGUCCAAACAGUGGUCCGCCGUCAUAAAGGAGGUGAAUUCUGUGCACUCGUGGAUCCCUUUAUCUUACAACAAGGGACAAUUGUAUACCGUCAAGUCAGCACAUAUUUCUAAUCCGAUGCUUUGCCGCACCAUAACAUCAUGCCACAAAUGCUAUUUUUGGAUAAAACAUGCGAAUCCCUCCAUCGCCGCAAACAGAGGCGUGGAGUUCAUGUUUCGAAGAAUAUUCAGCGACCCGAAUUCACCUCGACAUGCGAUACAUUUGUAUCUCGACUAUGUUGACGAUCAUGGAGUUCAUAUCCCCAGCUUCUGGAUCCCCCCUCAGAUCACGCAGAUGACGAUUGUCUAUCAUUAUCCUCGUUGGAUAGUUUCGUAUUUCCUGGAACAGAAUCAUACUGUUCUCUGCAGAUGCAAAAAAUUAGCCGUUGACCGGCGAGUGAGCCAUCUCACUGUCAUGGGGCCAGCCAGGAUAGUGAAACCUCUGAUAGCGUCUCGCGACGAAUGGCAGCACCUUGUUUUGUUGACCACCAAUGUUGACAAUAUUCCUGCAUCUUCCCGGACCUCUGUCAUACGGAAGAGUUAUGAUUUUCCGCUUCAGUAUGUAGGAGACGACUACGCACUUCAAGUCAUGUUUGGAGACCAGUCACUUUGGUUACACAGGCCGUAUCAUGGUCAGUUGCCACGUCUCUCUGUCAUUCCGGUGGGCUCCGUUGGAUACAUUGACCCGCUCACCAGGAAGUUUGUCAUACUGUUCAACGGCAUUGAUCCUGCAGCAUCGACAGACCAGCGAAUCAAAUCUAUCCCCUCCCUACUAGAAGGGGGAGUGACUAAGCUAGUCUGCGACCCGAAUCUUUCUGCCUUCCCAGACUGGGAUCAAGAAUAUACAUUAUCCAACUUACUUAGAGCUUGGAUUGAUGGGAGAUCUGUGUAUAGUGUUCCCGUGACAUUUAACGUAACGAGAUCGCUCGGUCUUGCGGUAGGGAGAGUGUUUGCCAGAGAACUUCACAAACAGAUAAUCAUGGGUGUGUUUGGAGAGGACCAUCCUUAUAUCCAACAGCAUCUGGACCUUGUGACUACUGCCAUAGACUCUUCUCAAUAUGCUUGGUUUGCACGCCUGUAUUAUGGACCGGGAGGAGUCUAUGGAAGGAAUGAGCAUUUCUAUUUUCGUGUCAACCCUCGCGCUUCCCUCAACCCUGGAAGUCCUUGGGGGAACUUCACGAAAAGGGACUGCUGAUACCCCCGACAAUUUAAUCACCUGGAACCACAUAUCCACUGUUGGCCAGUCGCCAAUGACUGUACAGAUUUGUUGUCGCCCUCUCAUUUAGAUUCCCACUGGAUGUUAUGCUUUUAAGAAUGAAAAUGGUUCAUUCCAAAAGAAUUUCAAAAGCAGAAGAGGGACACUAGCUUCAUCUGCCGCUUAUCUGACUAAUGUACCUUACCUUUUUCAGACGAGCCUCCUUUGAAGUCUUUUG